GCCUGGUAACUUUUCGAAAUAAUGUUCACUAAUUUUUCCCCUAGCAACCACGUUUUUAUCAAAUACUAUUCCACUACCAUAUUUAGAUAAUCCUCAAUAACCUUUGCUGAGUAAUCGUCAUGAUAGAUUCUGAAAAUUCAGCAGACAAAAAAUAUUACAUUGAUCUUGUUCCAACAAACUCUGCACAAGCCAUUCAGAAAGCAGUUACUCACUUAUAUUGCUGUGAAGAUAUUGUUAUCAAAGGAAAACUUGGAAAUGGCUAUUUUGCCUCGGUGUUUUUGGUAAACCAUCGUCCAACCAAAAGGCUUAUGGCUAUGAAGUUGACUAAUGAAGCAUCUUUUCAUCAUCGAGAGAUUGAACUCUUGGGUUCUUUGAAUCAUACCAAUGUUCUGAGACUUUAUGGAUCCUGCCUAAUCGGUGCUCGGUUCGCUUGUCUAACAGAAUACGCUAAUGGAGGUAGCCUAGCAGGUCUGUUGGCUACUAAAGCAUUAAGUUUGUCAUGGUGUGUUCGAAUCAGUUUAGCUUUGGACAUCGCCUGUGGUCUUCAUCAUCUACACAAUCACAGUCUAAUUCAUCGAGAUUUAACCUCUCAGAAUAUCCUCAUCCGAGUUCGCUCUGGAUCAUGUCCAGAUACAACAAAUAAUCAUUCCGGACCGACUUUCAGCUCUGACUACCAGACGAAUUGUAGUGGCGCUUUUCCAGAUAGACUUACUCAAUCCAGGUUAUCUGACUCAGAAAAUGAUACUCAGGGAAUCAAGCAUCCGAAUGGCUUCUCACAUCAUUGCUGUCAUUCUCAUAAUCUCUGUCGACGUCAUAGCAGUCACAUCAAUCGACAACGAUUUCAUCAGUUUGAUAAAAUACAUUCAAAUGAUGAAGCCAAUGAGUUUUUACCAGCUAGCUCCUAUUCACAUUCAUCUAACGAAGACUAUGCUACGAAUAUUGAUAAAUUUGAUUUGGAUCUAGCUCAUCUACUUUCAUUCGCAAGUCAGCAUACUAACGAAUUAUCCUGUUCAGGUAAACCAAUUAUUCCCUUCAGCUUUUUGAAGUCUAUUCCACUUAUUGAACCACGAUGGAAGAAACUAAUCACUAAUGAUCUACUUGUAUUAAAGUGUUUAACUCGAUCAGAAAUGUCAAUAUCAUCGAGCAGUUCCCUAAAAUUCACAGCACUUGUAGCCGAUCUGGGUUUAUGCCUGGAUUUAAGACGGGAUCAUGUAGAUGCAGUUUCGGUCGUUGGAAAUCCAUUUUACACCGCUCCUGAAUGUCUAAAUCGAGUAGCACCGUAUACAUUUGCUGCAGACAUAUUCUCCUACGGUCUUUUGAUUUGUGAAUUAAUAACUCGUUUUCCUAACGACUGCUCACUCAUACCCCGUACACCGUCUUUCGGCUUGGAUCAUGGAAACCUCCCAGUGCCUCCUGAUUGUCCUGGUUGGUUUUUCCAGUUAGCUGUCAACUGUUGCACUGUCGACCAUUUGUUGCGUCCGCAUAUCUUAGACGUCAUUGAUUCCAUCGAAAAAAAUAGUUAUGAUUUAUCUUGUCAUGCAAGAGUUCAUUCACCGUCUGAUGUGCCUGUACAAACCCCCGUUACGAAUAGUCCACAUGAUAUUAAAUCCCAAGAAAAUAUUCUUGAAUCCCCCAUAUAAAACCACAUAAUCUCAUCUAAUUCAGUAUUUUGUCUACUUUAAUUGUUUUGUCCGAACUGACAACUCCACUAGUGUGUCAAAUCAUUGAAAUUAUUUAUCACUACUGCCGUUACCGAUCAAUUUAUUUUGUUGAUAAACAUCUCAUAGUUGAUUCAAAGCAUUUUUUUCUCUUAAAAAAAGACAAUCAGCUAGCUAAUUCAGGUGACCUUCUCAUUUUUGUCCGUUGCUUGUAAAUUGUGACUAUUCAUUACUUUUGCUCUGUUAUCUAUGAAUUUUUUUUGCAGUGCCAAUCAAUUAUUCUCUCAAUUAUUACUUGUUUCUUUUUUCUAAUUUUUGUUUUGAUUAUCGAUUAUUUUAUAGAGCCAAUGCUUAGAGUAUGAAUACACACAAAAAAAAGUUACCAACUAUUCCCUUUUUUUGCAUCUCAACAUUUCGUACGGAUUCUUAUUCUGGUCUCUCGGUUGUAUUGUUUUUCCUUUUACGCAUUAUAAAAAGUGGUCCAAAUCCUCCUAUAUUAGUGUCUUUUUUUUAAUGUUAAUUCAGGAAGUACGCCUACUUUGUUCCUCAUGUAUCUUAGUUGUUCAAAUCUCCCAUAUCAUUUUUAAUAUUAUUUAUUUGUCUGAGUAUACCAUUGUAAAAGCAAUUAUUGUAAGAUAUGGAAGUGCUGUGCUUCUCUUUUCGCCUUGUCAAAUGAAAGUAUCGUGCCUACUUUCUUCUGUCUUCCGUAUAUAUAUAUAUAUAUAUAUAU